GCACACAUGGCAUUCAGAGAUGUGGCUGUGGACUUCACCCGGGAGGAGUGGCUGCUGCUGAGCCCUGCACAGAGAUCUCUCUACAGGGAAGUGAUGCUGGAGACCUACAGCAACCUGUGCUCCCUGGGAAUUCCAUUUUCUAAACCCAAAAUCAUCACCCAGCUGGAACAAGGGAAGGAAACAUGGAAGGAAGAGAGAAAAUGCCCAUCUGCAGCCUGUGCAGCAGAGGCAGUGCCAGAACUUCACCUCUGUCCUUUCUGCCCGUCAGAUUUCUCCAGUCAGAAGCUUCAUGUCCAGCGUGUGCUGUGUAAUCAUCCUCCCUGGAUCUUUACAUGCUUGUGCCCAGAUGGUAAUGUCCAUCCAGGGGAUCCAUGCCUGGGUGACCAGAAGCAGCAGCCACAAGUAUCUGAUCCGAGUCCCUGGAGUGGCAAAGCAGAAGGUCAGGUGAGGGAAGAUGUCAAGCCUUUGUUUGGCAAGACCAAGAGGACUUCAGGAGCAUUCUCCAAGCUACCCCAGAGGCAGUCAGUCAGUUCUAGGAAUGCUACCCGAGAGGCAGAAGCAGCAGCCAUCCCUGCUCAGGUGGGGAGCCCUGAGGAAGCAGACAAGCUAUUGAAGACAAUAGAAGUCUUAGGGUUCGGAACCGUCAACUGUGGUGAGUGUGGACUAGGCUUCAGCAAGAUGACCAACCUGCUUAGUCACCAGAGGAUACACUCUGGGGAGAAGCCUUAUGUGUGUGGGGUAUGUGAGAAGGGCUUUAGUCUAAAGAAGAGCCUGGCCAGGCACCAGAAGGCCCACUCAGGGGAGAAGCCCAUUGUGUGCAGGGAGUGUGGGCGAGGGUUUAACCGGAAAUCAACGCUUAUCAUACACGAAAGAACACACUCUGGCGAAAAGCCAUACAUGUGCAGCGAGUGCGGGAGAGGCUUUAGUCAGAAGUCCAACCUCAUCAUCCACCAGAGAACGCACUCUGGAGAGAAGCCCUAUGUGUGCCGGGAGUGCGGGAAAGGCUUCAGCCAGAAGUCAGCUGUAGUCAGGCACCAGAGGACACACUUGGAGGAGAAGACCAUUGUGUGCAGCGACUGUGGUCUGGGCUUCAGUGACAGAUCCAACCUUAUCUCACACCAGAGGACACACUCUGGGGAGAAGCCUUACGCCUGCAAGGAGUGUGGACGAUGCUUUAGGCAGAGGACCACACUUGUCAACCACCAGCGGACACACUCAAAGGAGAAGCCUUACAUGUGUGGUGUUUGUGGGCACAGCUUCAGCCAGAAUUCCACCCUCAUCUCACACAGACGAACGCACACUGGAGAGAAGCCUUAUGUGUGUGGGGUGUGUGGGCGAGGCUUCAGUCUGAAGUCACACCUUAACAGACACCAGAACAUACACUCAGGGGACAAGCCCAUUGUGUGCCAGGACUGUGGGCGUGGCUUCAGCCAGCAGUCCAAUCUCAUCCGACACCAGAGGACACACUCAGGAGAGAAGCCCAUGGUGUGUGAGGAUUGUGGACGAGGCUUCAGCCAGAAAUCCAACCUCAUUGCACAUCAGAGGACACACUCAGGGGAGAAGCCAUAUGUGUGCCGGGAGUGUGGUAGAGGCUUCAGUCACCAGGCGGGUCUCAUCAGGCACAGGAGGAAACACUCGAGGGAGAAGCCUUAUGUGUGUAGGCAGUGUGGCCUGGGCUUGAACAGUAAGUCUGCUUUAGUCACGCAUAAACGGGUACAUUCAGAAGAGAAGCCUUGUGUCUGCAGGGAAUGUGGCCAAAGCUUCCUCCAAAAGUCCCACCUCAUCAUCCAUCAGAUGGAGCACCAGGAGAAGCCUUACGUGUGUAAGACCUGUGGGCAAGGCUUUAGCCAGAAGUCUCAUCUCAACAGACACAGGAAGAUGAAGUCUGUCCAUCACAAACCUCAGCUCCAACACCAUCCCGAAACCCUUUCAGGGCAAACUUUAGACCUCUUACCACCUUCUUGAGAGGUGGUGGUGCAAACUAAAUAAAAACUUGUAUUCAUCAAAUGAAGCAGAGAAAUGCAUUCCAUAAGUGGUCAAAGGUGUUUGGCUUAGUUUACUUUCUCCACACUGUCUUCUUCAUGUUCCGUGGCUGUUUGUUCUAAUAAACUACUCUUCUUUGUAAGACAAGAAUGGCUUGGCUGUGUAUCCUUCACUCGGAUGUAAAGAUAAUAAAUAUGGAGUUGUUCCCAUACCUUGAACUCAAGUCCAUAUUGCUCAUGAAUUU